CCUCCAGUCUGCAGCUUUGUGGUGCAUCGCCGAUGCCACGAAUUCGUGACCUUCGAGUGUCCAGGCGCCGGGAAGGGCCCCCAGACGGACGACCCCCGGAACAAGCACAAGUUCCGCCUGCACAGCUACAGCAGCCCGACCUUCUGCGACCACUGCGGCUCCCUGCUGUACGGGCUGGUGCACCAGGGCAUGAAGUGCUCCUGUUGCGAGAUGAACGUGCACCGGCGCUGUGUGCGCAGCGUGCCCUCCCUGUGCGGCGUGGACCACACGGAGCGCCGCGGGCGCCUGCAGCUGGAAAUCCGAGCUCCUUCCCCUCCCCGUCCAGUCGGUGAGGCCCGCAACCUCAUCCCCAUGGACCCCAACGGCCUGUCCGACCCCUAUGUGAAACUGAAGCUCAUCCCAGACCCUCGGAACCUGACAAAACAGAAGACCCGGACCGUGAAAGCCACGCUGAACCCUGUGUGGAACGAGACCUUUGUGUUGUCCUUCGGGGUGUCCGAGCUGCUCAAGGCGCCCGUGGACGGCUGGUACAAGUUACUGAACCAGGAGGAGGGCGAAUAUUACAAUGUGCCCGUGGCCGAUGCUGACAACUGCAGCCUCCUCCAGAAGUUUGAGGCCUGUAACUACCCCCUGGAACUCUAUGAGCGGGUGCGGAUGGGUCCUUCCUCUCCCAUCCCCUCCCCGUCCCCUAGUCCCACGGACUCCAAGCGCUGUUUCUUCGGGGCGAGCCCGGGACGCCUGCACAUCUCCGACUUCAGCUUCCUCAUGGUUCUCGGAAAAGGCAGCUUCGGGAAGGUGAUGCUGGCGGAGCGGAGGGGCUCCGAGGAGCUCUACGCCAUCAAGAUCCUGAAGAAAGACGUGAUCGUCCAGGAUGACGACGUGGACUGCACCCUGGUGGAGAAGCGCGUGCUGGCUCUGGGGGGCCGAGGCCCGGGGGGCCGGCCCCACUUCCUCACCCAGCUCCACUCCACCUUCCAGACCCCGGAUCGCCUGUAUUUUGUGAUGGAGUAUGUCACCGGGGGCGACUUGAUGUACCACAUUCAGCAGCUGGGCAAGUUUAAGGAGCCCCAUGCAGCGUUCUACGCCGCAGAAAUCGCCAUCGGCCUCUUCUUCCUUCACAAUCAGGGCAUCAUCUACCGGGACCUGAAACUGGACAACGUGAUGCUGGACGCCGAGGGACACAUCAAAAUCACCGACUUCGGCAUGUGUAAGGAGAACGUCUUCCCCGGGAACACGACUCGCACCUUCUGCGGGACCCCAGACUACAUAGCCCCCGAGAUCAUUGCCUACCAGCCCUAUGGGAAGUCUGUCGACUGGUGGUCCUUUGGGGUCCUACUGUAUGAGAUGUUGGCGGGACAGCCCCCCUUUGACGGCGAGGACGAGGAGGAGCUGUUCCAGGCCAUCAUGGAACAAACCGUCACCUACCCCAAGUCGCUCUCCCGGGAAGCCGUGGCCAUCUGCAAGGGGUUCCUCACCAAGCACCCGGCCAAGCGCCUGGGCUCGGGGCCCGAUGGGGAACCCACCAUCCGAGCUCACGGCUUCUUCCGCUGGAUCGACUGGGAGCGGCUGGAGCGGCUGGAGAUCCCGCCUCCGUUCAGGCCCCGCCCGUGCGGCCGCAGCGGCGAGAACUUUGACAAGUUCUUCACGCGGGCGGCGCCAGCGCUGACCCCAUGCCGCUGCGCUGAGCCCCAGAUUCUCACCCGCCGCCGUGUUCUGGACUCGGAUCCCGCAGGUUCCAGAACCGCCACCCCCCACCCCGCGCACCCCCACUCCACGGGCUUCUAG